AUGACUAUAAGAAGAUUAUUAUCAAUAAAUGAUCUUAUUGGAACUAUUUUGGGAGGUGCAGUUAACUCAUUACUUUUAUUUAUUUUAUAUAAAAUGGAAAAACAUGAAAUAAAUAAUUAUAAAAGAAUACUUUAUUUAGUAACAAUUACUGAUCUUUUAUUAGCAUUAUCAAAUUCAAUUGUAAUGAUGUCAAUGGAAACUUAUAAUGGUUAUAUAAUAAUUUUUACUGAAGAAUUAACUUUAGUUAUACUUUCAUUAAUUAUAUGGCAUGCUAUAUCAUUGAUAGUUUUAAGUUUCUGUAUAAUACCAUCAGAUGAUCCAAGUUAUAAACAUAUAAUAAAAUUAAUUGAAGAGUCAUAUAAAUAUGAACUUAUAGAAUAUGGUAGAGAAGUAAUUAUUUUAAAUAUAUUUUUAAUAUAUGGUUUAAUUUAUAAUGUAUAUCUUUUCUUAGUUAGCUUUAUAGCUGUUAUUAUAAUUUAUUACUCAUAUUAUAAAAUAAGAAAAGAAUUAAAAUCACAAAAAAAUUCAAUGUCUCCUAAAUCUAUAUCAUUACAAAAUCAAUUAAAUUUAGUAAUGUUUUGUCAUGCUUUAGUUCCAAUGUUUUUAUCUUUUACACCAAUAUUAAUUUUUGAAGCAUCUGAUUAUUUUCAAUUUAAUAUUAAAGGAUUAGGAACACUUUUAUUUUUUUCAAUUGAAUGGGUACCUUUUAUAAGUGGAUUGAUUAGUUUAACAAUGAUUAAUGCAUGCAGAAGAAAAUUUUUAAAAAUGAUUAAUUUUAGAAGUAGUAUGCAAUCUUCACAUGUUAUUCCAGCACAACAAAAUUAUAGACAUAGUAAUAUUCGUAUAUCAUCUUAUGUAGAAUAA